UUAUGUUGAAGCGAUGAAAUAAUAAUCGUUGAGUGAUUUAUUUGUGAAAAUGAUGUGUCUUGCUGUCACUCUUGCACUUUGAGGCCAAACUUUGAUUUGACGCAGUAAUGUGUGGCAUGACAGGGGGAAAGGGGGGGGCGUAAGCAAGAUGGCGACAACCUGAGUGGCAGCAGCAAUUUACGAAGAGUCUCAACAUUUUCCAUUGAUACGCAGCUCUGCUCCAAUUUGACUUUUGUUGCAUCAAAUGCGAAUUCAUGAGAAGAAAGUAAAGUCUGCGAGAGGGACAAACAUUUACGAGGAUUAAGCUGGAACCACACUGGCAUGGAGGACACCUGAAGACAGGAGAACUUUUUAUUUAUUUAUUUUUUUGGAAGGCUCCGUUCGCAGAAGUGUGGCUGACAGCGCUGCAUGAAUCUGGCAUUGGAAGUGUGUUUGGAUCGGGCCCAGGAGUACACGCUUAUGUGUCCCCAGGCAGACUCCUGCCAUGCAGCAUGGAUCCUUGACAGAAAUGUUGUGCUGCAUGGCCUUGAACCGGGGCAGCUUGCCUCUCCUCAAAUGGUGUUAAAUUAAUAUAGAACAGAGGAGAGAAAACAUUUUUUGUUGGUGGAACCAACAUAUUUUUACCUCUGUGUGCGGCUCUUGAUUAAUAACAACCCUAAUGUUUACAAGCCAGGACUGACCCCAACCCCGGCCUGAAUUCCCCCGCUCCCAAUUUCAGUAUUUCAGAAUUGAUCCAUUACCUCUUGUGGACUCAUUUUCGGGCAAGAACCGUGGAUUACGCGCCGACGCUCGGCCAGUUUGCGCGGGGAGGUUCCAACUGCGGCUUGGUCAUGAGCAGCGGGGAGAUACAUCACCUUGACUACCUGAACGAGAACGAACUGAUGGAGAUGGACACGUUCAUUCACCGCAUCGACUCCAGCGAGGUAAUUUAUCAGCCGCGGAGGAAAAGGGCGAAGUUGAUAGGAAAGUACUUGAUGGGCGAUCUGCUGGGGGAGGGAUCGUAUGGCAAAGUGAAAGAGAUGCUGGACUCUGAAACCCUCUGUCGGCGGGCUGUCAAGAUACUGAAAAAGAAGAAGCUGAGGAGGAUUCCCAAUGGAGAAGCAAAUGUGAAAAAGAAACCGGAACUAACUCAAACAGCGCGAGAUCAUCACGUGACUGCGCGUGAGUACGAAAAUGACGGCCUUUAUCACACAAGGGAGAUUCAGCUGCUAAGAAGACUCCAGCACAAGAAUGUGAUACAGUUGGUGGAUGUUCUGUACAAUGAAGAGAAGCAGAAAAUGUAUAUGGUGAUGGAGUACUGCGUGUGCGGGAUGCAACAAAUGCUGGACAGCGUCCCGGAAAAAAGGUUUCCUAUAUUUCAAGCUCACGGGUACUUUUGCCAGCUAUUAGAUGGCCUUGAAUAUUUGCACAGCCAGGGAAUAGUUCACAAAGACAUUAAACCAGGCAAUCUGCUGUUGACAACAGACGGGGCACUUAAAAUCUCUGACCUGGGAGUAGCAGAGGCGCUGCACCCAUUUGCAGAGGAUGACACAUGUCGCACCAGCCAGGGCUCUCCGGCCUUUCAGCCGCCCGAGAUCGCCAACGGCCUGGACACCUUUUCAGGGUUUAAAGUGGACAUUUGGUCUGCGGGAGUAACACUAUACAACAUUACUACAAGUCUUUAUCCAUUCGAAGGGGACAACAUCUAUAAGCUAUUUGAGAACAUUGGAAAAGGAGAAUUUACAAUUCCUGAAGAGUGCGGACCCCCUCUUUCAGACCUGCUGCGAGGGAUGCUGGAGUAUGACCCUGCAAAGAGAUUCUCUAUACAAAACAUAAGGCAACACAACUGGGUGCGUAAGAAACACCCUCCGACAGAGCUCCCCGUGCCCAUCCCUGCUAGCGCCGAGGGCAGGGACCCUUGGCGCAGCAUGACCGUGGUGCCAUACCUGGAGGACCUCCAUGGCUACACCGAAGAAGACGACGACGAGCUUUAUGAUGGCGAGGACGAGAUCAUAUACACUCAGGAUUUCACUGUGCCAGGUCAAGUGGCUGAAGAAGACCACGAUCUUGGCCUCACAGACUACAGCCCGCCAGUGACUAAGCCCGUCUGCGUGAACGGGACCGAAGGAGGGUCUCUAACCAGCAAGGCUAAAGCGGAACGUCGGCCCUCGUCCUCAUCCAACCCCUCCCGCAAAGGGGUCUCCACAGUCAGCAAGAUCCGAAAGCUCUCCACCUGCAAACAGCAAUGACGUCCCGUCCCUCUCCUCUCCGGUCUCUGUCGGCAGCAGCCCACCUGGUGUUCUAUCCCUGUCCUCCUCCUGUCCACAGCGGGCAGAGAAACCUGCUGAGCCCUUAUACCUCCAUGGACCACUGGCCUGUCGUCCUGUAAAAGUGUGCCCUUAAAGCGAUGAGUGAAGAAGGUGGACACCAUGACACGUUCUCUUUGCUCUGAGAUGAAAGCAACCCUCCAUUUCCUCCAAUGAUCUUGCUUGUUAAGCUCCUUGGGUGUCCUAACUUCAUGAUGACCUCCUAUCAGGAGGGUGGCAAAUGGUGCACUGGACUUCACAAGCCCAUCAUUCAUCCUUUUACUUGUCACAUCUGUAGCAAAUACUAAUGGAAGAGGGGCACGUCCCUCCACUAAUGUUAAGUUAAAGUUAAAGUACCCAUGAUUGUCACACACACACUAGGUGUGGCGAAAUUAUUCUCUGCAUUUGACCCAUCACCCUUGAUCACCCCCUGGGAGGUGAGGGGAGCAGUGAGCAGCAGCGGUGGCCGCGCCCGGGAAUACAUUUUUGGUGAUUUAACCCCCAAUUCCAACCCUUUGAUGCUGAGUGUCAAGCAGCGAGUGUAGUCAGUUCUCGGAGCAAAGAGAGUCACCCGGGUUAGCAAGACAUUCUCCACAGAUGCUCUGUGGCAGCAUUAUAGCGCCUGGAGUCAUUUUUUACAGCGGUAUUACAGAAUUCUGUCUAAAAGUGGCUUUUGGCCAUUUUUUGCGGGGGUUUACAGAACCUUAAAGCAGUUUUAAGGCACAGUGUGAUGUGUUGGAGGGAAAGUAAUUAAAGAGAAAAAGAAAAACAUUGAUGCAUAGUUCAAUUUUUAAAUCUGACAAGAUGAUGCUCUUGUGCUACUACUACCAACAUAAAACCUGCAUGCUGUACAAAGCUGGAAGAGCAGACUGACUGACUGUCUUUUAGGUCAACCACCUUGUUGGGGACUUUUGAUUUCCCUUAGUUUUGUUUUUCCAAUGAAUAUUUUUUAAUUAUUAUUUAUAUAAAAAUAUCCCA